AUGAGGGAAGAAAAAGUGAACGCAGAAGUAAUGACAGCAAGCAAGAACUUGAAUGGUGCAUUACUUUCAAAAUCUUAUUUGACCGCAGCUUUGGUUGCAGCUACCAAUGAUAACUUUGCAUCUCGAUUGCUUCUGUCUCCGGAUGCAAAAUAUGCUUUACUUCGCUAG